AUGACUUUAAGACUAUCAGCAUUAUUUGAAAAUAAAGUUGACGAACUGUCAGUGAACUUUUAUCGUCACAGAAGUGGAAGCGGGCGUCGUACGCGCCAGCGAUGUAGGCGAGCAGCGGAAGACGAACCCGGUACGAGCGGCGUGUCAAGUCCCGCGCGUCGCACGACCCCACGCGCUCGACCCGAGAUGGUCCCGCGUGUGUCCGAGCGUGCGUCCACGAGCCGACGGCUGGACGAUGAAGAAGAGCCCAGUAAUGGUAGCGAUGGUUUAAGAAUGAAAAUUUCAUUAACUAAAAGGUCGGUGCUGAGCACUACGGGACUUGAAGAUACAGAUAGGGGUAAUGAUAGUUCGUUAGGGACAUCUAAUAGACUGCAAACUAAUCACCUUGACGAUUCAACUAGUCAGCGGACACGAACCAGAAGCGCGACAAGAACUUCAUUUAGAGAAUCUCUAAGUAGCGCAAGCUCUUUGGUAUCGGAAACGCCUGAUACAACCACCCAAAACGGGCCCUCUAGAUAUUCUACCCGUUCGCGGGUUCCUCCAACGCGGUUAAAAUUAAAUGGGGUAAACGCUGACCAUGAGAGCGAAGACGACGACGAUGAUGAUGAGGAGGUUAGUGAAGAGACUGAGGACGAGUCAAGCGAAGAAUCCGAUUCGUCACAGCGCGGGAAAAAUUUCCGGUCAAGCCGGUCUGGCAAGACGCCCACAAACAGGAGAAACUCAAGUAAGAAAUCUAGCAAUAGUAGGGGUAAACAGGUUGUGAACUCGAAUCGACCGGUCAGGACUCGGGCUUCGUCGCGUUUCGACGAUAGCGCGUCGGAAAGUGACGGUGAUUCGCCGGAACAACCAUUGGACGUUUCUAGUCGAGGUCGGGUACGUAAGAAAGCAUUUAAAAUGAUGGACUAUGUGAAUUAA